GUCUCAGCUUUUUCCCAUGGAAAAGAAAUAUAGCUUAAAAAAAAAAAAACAAAAGGAAAAAAAAAAACCCUACCAGGGUCUUACAGCGAAGGUCUUGAAUGAACCUCCAUUGAUCGUCUUAUAAUUAAUGUCGUGAAUCAACUCUGCUAGUUUCGUUAUCUAGUAAUGGUGUUAUACGGAUUCGUCUUCGUUGCGGUUGGUGAUAGACGAUGAAGAGGAAUGGUUGGAGAUAUGAAAUUUGGGGAGUCGUCAUUAACUGGAUAUCUCGUGAAGAAUCUUGAACCACUGACAGAGGCUGACCCUGUAAUUCUUGCAGAAUAUGUGGUAGCAUUAUUAAAGAAGGACAAACCUAUUGAAGAACUACAAAAGCUCUGCGCUGAGAAUUUAGUUGAUUUUCUGGGUCAGGAUACAAAGCCUUUCAUCACAAAGUUGUUCCAGGCCCUAGAUGAUGGUUCUAUUGUAGCACCUGCCGAGAGUUUGGAUGCCAUCCGGAAGGUUGAACCACCUCCAUCUUUCAUUGCAGAGGAUCCAGCAGAGCUGACGAUUUCGUCUCCAAAGCCAGAUGGCCUUUCUCCUAUCAGUGACCCUGAGGAGAAAGAGGUGAGUGACGAUGAAGAUGAUGAUCGUAAUCAUAAGCAUCGUAGGAGGGAAUCAAGAUCUCAGUCUUUUGACAAAGAUGCACAGGAAGAAUUCUUGAGCAGGCCAUACAGAAAGCGUAACAAGCCUUAUGAAAAUGGGCAGCUAUACCUCGAAAGUGAUCCUCAGCCUAGUGAAACACGAAAAGAAUAUAACCUUUCCCAUUCGGAGAGAGACUUCUCUGCAAAGUUUGAAAAAAGACGUCCUGGCAUGGCAAUACAGCCUUUUGCUCCAUUGGAUUUGGGUCAGAGGACAAUAGUUAACCAGGCAUUUCGUGGUGAUCCUGGUGCUCGUUUUGAUUUAUCUACAUCUCUAGGUAGUCCUCCCUUUGGUAGGGGAAGAGGGAGGAGUUUUGGCCCCUGGAGCCAACAUGAUUCCAGGUUCAGCUCUGUGGACAUGCUUGAUUUUGCAUUACAAAUGGCUCCACAAGGAGCUACACCUCCUAGUCUAUUUCCAGGAAGGGGAUUGUCAAAUGCUGGAAAUGCACAAAGUGGAUCCUGGAGUGCAUUUGGCUUAAUUCCAGGAAUGCCCAAUGGAAGCCUUGAUACAUUCCAUCCCCUUGGUUUGCAAGGAACACUCAAACCUCCAAUCAAUCCUUCCUUGAGUAUUGGCAUGUCCCGCCAACGGUGUAAAGACUUUGAGGAGCGUGGAUUUUGUUUGAGAGGGGAUAUGUGCCCGAUGGAGCAUGGUGUAAAUCGGAUCGUUGUUGAAGAUGUUCAGAGCCUCUCACAGUUCAAUCUCCCUGUUUCACUUCCAAGUGCACGCCUGUUGGGAGUACCAUCUGGAACGGGACCUUUAACUUCAGUUAGUGCUCCUUCAGGCCUGUUGACAACUGGCAAAGGUUUGCAUGGUAAAAGUACCAAACCUGGGACAAAUGAUGAUGGAAUAGGCUUGAAUGGAGUGCUAGCUUCUUCUGCUGGUUUGGGUGAAGCUGACCUCUAUGAUCCUGACCAGCCUCUGUGGAAUACUGACCGUCAAGAGACUUCAAGUGCCCUUUUAAGACUCCCUUCCCCCAAGACUAAUGAUGUUGAGUCCUUAUGGGAGACUGAUACUUCUUAUCGCCACAGCUUAAGGGUUUCUGAUGGCAUUGACAGUGAACGGCCAGGUAAAAGCAUCACAACAACCGCAGGUUCACAGAGUUCAGCUUCAUCUGUUUGGGGACGAAUUGGGACUUCGGGAACUAAAAUAGAAACUACAGGGACAAAUGAUAAUGCGCUACCGUCCCUGGGUUCUCUUGGGGACGAAGCAAAGGAAGAUCUUGAGGAAGCAUUACCUAGUUUUUCAGGUACUGCUCAUCGAGGGAAACCGACUUUUAUGGGGGACAUUGAUCCAAAAUCUAUGAAUUCUUCUGCUACUCCAAAGAGACGAAAUGAUCAUGGGCGUAAUGGUGGACGAUCAUUGCAGAAGGCCUUACGUACACUUUUUGUUAAUGGGAUUCCCCAAAAAGGCAACAAGAGGGAGACCCUUCUUACACAUUUCCAAAAAUUUGGGGAGGUUAUUGACAUUUAUAUUCCACUGAAUAGCGAAAGAGCCUUUGUUCAGUUCUCUAAAAGAGAAGAGGCAGAGGCUGCUCUGAAGGCUCCUGAUGCUGUGAUGGGCAACCGCUUCAUCAAGCUGUGGUGGGCUAAUAGGGACAGCAUUCCUGAUGAUGGCAUAAACAGUGGCAAUACUGUCUCAGCAGUUCCCUAUGGUGUUACAACUGCUUCUGUUCCAUCUCAGUCAUCUAUUACUGAUGGAGCAAAGGAAAAUACCCCUUCUGCACCUCCGAAGGUCAGUAUAACUGCAUCUAAUGUUCCAGUGCCUGCUGCUGUUCACCCUAAACCUGUUGCGGUAAAUGGUCCCAAGGCUAUCCCUCCAGUGCAAAAGAAGAUAGAGAAUUUGGAGCUUUUAAAGGAGGAACUCCGGAAAAAGCAGGAAAUGCUGGACCAGAAACGCAAUGUUUUCCGCCGCCAACUGGAUAAGCUUGAAAAACAAGCUAUAACAGUCAAAGGUGAAGCAGCUUCUGACCAAGCUAUUAAGAGACAUAAAGUGGGGACAGCAAUUGAUAUUGCGAAGGCUGCUAGUCCACGGCCCACAGAUCUUGGUACUACUGGGGAAAGACCGGGUGCUGAAAAUACGGUGGAUAAAAACAUGGGGGAGAAUGGUGUAUCUCCCAGUUCCAAAACAAGCUCACCCCUGAUGUUACAGUCGCCUAAGAAUUCAAAGCAGCUAAGUCGUCCAUCUGCACCAAUAGGGCCUCCCUUUCUGGUGAAUAGGUUCAAGUUGGACAACCGUCCUACUGCAUUUAAAAUUCUUUCGCCUUUACCAGCUGAGUUUGUAAAUAUUGCUGUUCUGAAGGAACAUUUUCAAUCAUUCGGUGAUCUCUCUGCAGUUGAACUAGAUGAUUCAGACUCCUGUACUCGAUCGGCCGGUUUGGGUCCAUCCACAAAUUGUUCUGCUCGUAUAACUUUCACAACACGUCGUGCAGCUGAGAGGGCAUUCUUAAAUGGUAAAUGUUGGCAUGGCCACAGCUUACAAUUUGCGUGGCUGGCUACUUCCAAUAAUUUUACUAGUGAGCCUGGUGGCAGAGAAAAUUCUCCCAUUCCUACUCCCAGGGCCCCCCCAGAAGCUGAACUUCCUACUAGAACAUCAGUAUCUGGGUUGUCUUCAUCAAGUACAGGAAAAUCAACAAGCAUUGGUUCUCAGGAUGUAACUGCAGCUGGGGAUGGUGACUCUAGGAAUUCUGAAGGGAUAAAGAGUGGAGCUGAGUGUAUAGAAGUGGUAGAAGGUUGCCAGUCCAGUUCUUCUCCUGUGUCCUCAAGUGAAACUCAUUCGCCUAAAAGUGAUACUUUGAUAGUUGAGGAAGGCACACAUGUCAGUUCUGUGCAUAUAGAGCCUUUUAAUGCUCAAGGAUCCAAUUCUGUGAUUGAGGGACCAUGACCAUACCAAUACCUACAUAUGCUUCUCAGCGGGUUCAACCUUUUUUACUGUAGAAACAGUUAAGUUCUUAUUGUAAUAUCUGCAGGUUUUCAUGAAAUUGGUGACCCGCAGGUUUUUGUAUCUAUCCUUUUUCGGUUUACUUUAGCUGUGAGUGAAUUUUUCAUUUCUUGAGAAGAAUAUGAAGGAAAAGAG